CGGAUGUUCCUUAGGUGGGCGCGUAUCUUGUCGGGCGCGUAUCUUGAAGCGUGAAGAGACAGGUCGGAAAUGGUGAUGGAGAGCGUUUUAUAAGCCGGUGGGGUUUAGCAUUCUUCCUUGGUGUUGCUUACUUGCCUUCGCGCAGGGAACUUUGCAACGUCGAAAGAGGACUGGUAAGAAUGACGAACACUCAUUCAGAUCCUCCCUGCAUAGACUGUCUACCGUGCACCAUGUCCAACACGACAUCUUGCAAUUACUAUCUUGCCUGUUUACUCGACGCCUUUCAAGUCGUGAGGGCAACCUUUCACGUCAAUCAGGCUUCUCGGCACCGUACCCGAUGUUGACAGCAGGCGGCUUGCGCGGAACUGCAUCUUCCGGGUUGGCACACGAAUGCCCAAAUCGAUUAUCUUGGGCGCCAUACUGUACCUCAUGUCCAGCGAGCUAUCAGAGGUCGCCGGGCUUUCUCUUCUAGAAACCGGCAGCCCUAUUUAAGUUUGGGAUCGCGAGGUCUUGGCCUACUAGUCCGCUUCGACAAUGCUCGUUUUCCAGACUGCUCUUCUCGUUCUGACCGCGUUGGCUGGGGUCCAGGCUCUUGACUUUUCCGCAUCGCAGUGGAUCUGGACGACCGAUGUUUCGAAUGGCUUGGCUCCCGUUGCCACUCGCGCGUUCCGCAAGGAAUUUGUGGCUCGGGCAGGCAAGACACCUGUGGAGGCAGACAUUAUCAUCACGACCGACAACUCCUUCGACUUGUAUGUCAACGACAACCUCGUUGGAUCGAGCGUCGACUGGCGCUAUGCUGCGCGGUUCUGUGUCCCACUCACCGACUGCUUGAAUGUGUUUGCCGUCAAUGCUACGAACGGCGGGUUGGCGCCCAAUCUUGCCGCACCCAAUGCGGCCGGACUUCUCGUCGCCAUCCAAAUGAGAGUGACGUUUUUGGCUUGGCCAAGUGGCUUGUACCGGCGCAGAAUGGCUUUUUUUGGCUUGGGCGUGGAUUUGGCUGUAAAAUGAUGCCAUCAGGGCUUGCAAGCCAAAAUGUUGGCUUGCCAAGCCAACAUUUUGGCUUGCGUCCGCUCACAAAUAGUCGAAUCGAUCUUCAUAUCAAUGGGAAACGGGGCAUAUCUCACAGUUAUCUAGUGUCGGGGAGCAACCUAUGUGCAUGUUAGGAUCAUCUGUAUAAUUCCUGGCCCGCUGUUCUCACCAGAACUCUUGUUUGAUGACUUCCGACUGAUCUCGACCUCUAAACUCUACAUACGAAGUUCCUUAUUGUUCGGAGAGUCCAUUGUAAUUUUUUUCUCAUAGGCAACUACAAUGUGACAUGUCUGUGGGCUACUGCUAGGCGCGGACUUUUAUAGCCACGCAUAUCGA